AUGAGCGACGUCAAAGAAGAGGUCACGAUGCAUAAGGAAACCAGACCCGCCUCCAUCAAAUUCCCGAUGCUAACAUCAUCCAAUUACACCGUCUGGUCUAUGAGGAUGAAGAUUGUGCUCAAGGUCACUCUAGUCCUACAAGUUGGCGACAUAGAAACAUCAAAAGCGGUUUGGGAUGCGAUAAAGGCAAGACAUAUUAGAGCUGAAAGAGUCAAGGAAGCUAGGUUACAAACCAUAAUGGCAGAAUUUGAUAGACUCAAGAUGAAAGACGAAGAUUCAAUUGACACUUUUGUUGGUAAACUCUCUGAGAUCUCAUCAAAAUCUGCAUCGCUAGGUGAGAUAAUUGAAGAACCUAAGCUGGUGAAAAAAUUCCUAAAAAGCUUGCCAAGGAAGAAAUACAUUCAUAUUGUUGCCUCCCUUGAACAAGUCUUGGACCUUAACACAACUAGCUUCGAAGACAUAGUUGGACGAUUGAAAGCUUAUGAAGAGAGGGUCACUGAAGAAGAAGAAGAUGACUCUCAUGAUGACCACAGAAAACUUAUGUAUGCUGAUACGAAUUAA